AUGAACCAUUUUUGGAUUCUCGGUUUCAUUGCACUUACUGCGCCAUUUGUAGCAGCCAGUAGCCAGAUAUGCCAAGAUAUAGAAAAAAAUAAAUGUACUCUCAUUACAUGUGGAUCAGCAGGAAAAGACGGGCUGCCAGGGAAAGAUGGAAACACGGGACCAAGGGGUGAAAAAGGCGACCAAGGUAAACAGCUUAAUUUAUAAUCAUUAUCUAUGGAACACUGAUUUGAUAUCAACAUCAUAUGUCACCAGAAAAACUCUUCUAUAUUUUAAAACAAGUGUUUGUUUACAAAGGAAAAAGUAACAUUGUUUUGUAUGUCUCACAGAUGCAUAAAUAUAUUUUAAUAUGCUGUUAUUAAUAUUAUUACCUGUAAAAUACUUUUUAUUUCUAAUAGUAAUCUAAUUCUGUUUAGGACCAAUUGGAUUACAAGGCCCCCUAGGACCGCCAGGAAUUCCUGGAGCACGAGGACUAAAAGGAGAACAGGGAUCACCAGGUCCAAAAGGAGACAGAGGUGACAGCGGGGCUUCAGGUAUGUUUAAAACCUUUUUAAACAAUAAUCGGGUCGUUUUCUAAUGUUCAAUUCAUCAGAUGGUGCAAGAUGUGUACAUUAGUUUAUCUUUCCACUUUAAUCAAAUAUAUGUAUCCAUAACAUUGAUAGCUACUGUUAUCUAGUAUGCAAAAAAUAUUUUUUAAAAAGAUUUUUUUAUAUUCAUGUUACAAAUCAUUCACACUCAGGAUAUAUCUUAAGUACUGUGGUUAAUAUAAUAUAGAAAUUUAACAUUAGAAUAAACUACAUGUGUUGCUAUAAAUGUUCAUGUGCAUAGACUUCAUACUAUCCCAAUAUACAUGUCAUCAUAUGUCAUUAUCUCUCCGUAGACUGGAAAAUCAAGUCUUAUACUCUUGAGAAAAAAAAUCCCAUAACAUUUAUUAGGAGCUAAUUCUAUCAGAGCAGUAUGUAAUCUCGUAUUGUUUGAAGCCUGUCUCUCUGGCAUAUAGUCUGCAUUAGACACAUUGAAGGUUGUUUAUUUCCUUUUUACAUUAUGUUAGAGAAUGUUCAUAUUUAACAUCUAUGUAAUUGUAUUUACAAUUAUGAAACUAUUUUCUGUAUCUUUCUACUCAACUCACUUUCUUUUAUCUUUUGGUUCACUGUAUUAUUUAACCUCACAAAGUUUGUACCUACAGAAAGUUCACUUGUGUUUACUGCACGGCUGGUGUCAUGGAAAAGUGAUUUUUUCCUUUGUAAUACCAGAUAAUGUACGAAGCAACCCUUCUUUCAGUUUUAACUCGGUCAAUGAUCCAUUCUUCAAGUUUAAUAUGAUUAAUACUGAAAUAAAUUUUACAAAACACCUUUAUUAGACUCUUUCCAGUAUCAAAGUGUUAUCCUGUGAACUCUUGAAAGUGAUACCACUAUUGUAAACAUAAACAACUUGGACAAACAGUUGUUUGAAUCCUGAUAAUUAUGAGCUGCCUGUUCCAACCAGUGGGAACCCACUAAAAUGAAAUGGGGACUUAUUUUAAAUCCCAACUAAUGGGCUACAAAACCACUGACUUAUUAGUGUCCAAAUAUUUGUCACAAUGUGAAUACAUCACCUGUUUAUAUCGGUUAUCAUUGUAGCUCUUGAAGCACUGACACUUAAAGUAACCUUGAUGGAACAACAACUUCGAUCUGUUCAGUCCAUGUUAGAAGCUCAGAAGAAAGGUUAG